GUUCACAGCUUUUCCUCUCCCGUUCUCUCGCUCUCUGUCUCACUCUGCAUCCUUGCCCCGUCUAGCCUAGCCAUUCCCGCCUCACCACUCCAGCCUAGCCACUCUCAGUUAUCUUGUGUCAGGUGGUGAAGUUCUGAUGACGCUCGCUGAGAACCCAACCCUCUCUGUGGCAAUGCUCCCUCCAGACAUCAGCCACAGCAAGACACAUAGAAAAGAGAAAGAGACAGAGGCAGGCGCGGGGAGAGGACCAUGUUGGGGCGCCAGACACGGCGUGGCGCUCCUGACACUGUUUGGCAUCAUUCUGGACUUCAUGAUACAGACGAUACUGGCAGUGACGAUCGUGGCCAUGGUGGGGCGGCGCAGCGUGGGCCAGCAGGAGGAGAUGGAGACGUGUGCUGCCCCAGACGCCCAGAACACAACUAAAGUCAUGGAGCCUGGGGAGUUUGACUGGGACGAGAAGACACAGGGCUUGCUUCAGGGCGCCUUAAACUUCGGGUGUGCCAUGGUGUCCUUACCCAGCGGCCGCGUGGUGGAGAUGUACGGCGGGAAGCGAAUGUUUGGCUUAAUGGUGACCUCCGCCAGCGCUUUGUCUCUGCUGUCGCCCGCCGCUGCCCGCACGUCCAUCUGGCUCCUUGUAGUGGUCAGAGUGGCGCAGGGCGUGUCUGUGGGUGGUUUACUGCCAGCCGUCAACACUGUCAUCGUUUUGUGGUUCCCUCCUGAAGAGAGAGCGAUGUUCAUGGCCAUUACUCUGACAGGAAUUAACAUCGGUACAGUUCUGUGCAUGACUAUGGCGGGAUGGCUGUGUGGGCUGGACUGGCUGGGAGGGUGGCCGGCGCCCUUCUACGUGGUGGGCGCCGCUGGGCUGGUGUGGGGUGUGCUGUGGUUCGGCCUCACUCACCGCUCGCCCGAGGAACACCCGCGGAUAAGCAAGGAAGAGCUGCACUACAUACUAGGAGGCGGGAAGCGAGCCAGAAAAGACCAGACGAGGAGGUUCCCUUGGGGUCAGUUCCUCCGCUGCCCGCUGGUGUGGGUGCAGGCGUUCACUUGUAUGGGGGAGGUGUUCAGCUUCUACAUUAUCUACACUAUGAUGCCAACCUACCUCGCUAAUGUCCAGCGGUUCGACCUCAGAAACGCCGGAGUGAUGGCUGCGCUGCCCUAUCUGCUGGCCUGCCCCGUCAGUGUGUGCUGGGGUCUGCUGGUGGGCUGCUUCACCGUGUCCAGUUCCCUCACCAAGAAACAGAUUAAACAGCUUUCGACUGUCGUGGGUUUCUACGUACCCUCACUGUGUAUGGUGGGGAUCUGCUUGGCGGGGUGCAGGAAGGAGGUGGUGGUGGCGCUGCUUAUCCUGAGUGUCUGUGCUGGCUCCUGCAACUUCACCGGGAUCUUCACCACCUACCAGGACUUGUGCCCAACAUUCUGCUCUACCUUCAAUGGCUUUGUGGGAAUGCUGACCUCCGUUACUGGGAUGGCCGGCCCCGCACUCACUGGACUAAUGAUAAAUGACGCGCAAACCCUCGGAGCGUGGCGGAAUGUCUUCAUCACCACUGCAGUCAUUUACUUCGUCAGCUGCACCCUGUACCUCGCUGUCACGCCGGUACGACAGCAGGAAUGGGACAACCCUACACCCACUGCCGCUACUAAGUCUUCCUGCUCCCCAAAUCCCCUCCUGGAACCCCGCGCCGGUCAAGAAGAGCCAGUGGAGUGUUAGGAGUGUGUUGUUUGGG